AUGCAUCACAAGGAGCCCAUCGCCAUCAUUGGUACAGGCUGCCGCUUCCCUGGCGGAGCGUCGUCACCCUCCAAACUCUGGGAACUGCUACGUCAGCCCCGUGACGUACUCACACGCAUUCCCGCCGAUCGAUUCAACCCAUCCGGUUUCUACCAUGAAGAUGGCGCCCAUCACGGCGCUACCAACGUACAGGAGUCCUAUGUCUUGUCCGAGGACAUCCGGCUCUUCGACGCUUCCUUCUUCAAGAUCAAUGGAGCGGAAGCCCACUCCAUUGAUCCACAGCAACGCCUCCUGCUUGAGACGGUGUACGAAUCGCUCGAGUCAGCGGGUCUGCCUCUCGAGAAUGUCGCUGGCUCAGACACGGCUGUUUUUGUCGGCCUCAUGAGCGAGGAGUACAGCGACCAUCUGUUGCGGGAUCCCGACACCAUUCCCACCCACAUGGCUACCGGGACCGCCCGCAGCAUUCUUUCCAAUCGCAUCUCCUACGUGUUUGAUAUGCACGGCCCUUCCGUCACUGUCGACACGGCAUGCUCCAGCUCCCUGGUGGCAGUGCACAUGGCGGUGCAGGCUCUCCGAAACGGCGAGUCCCGCAUAGCAAUUGCUGCAGGGUCCAAUCUCAUCAUGGGUCCGGAGCCAUACAUUGCCGAAAGCAAGCUAAAGAUGCUUUCGCCCGGUAGUCGCUCUCGAAUGUGGGACGCCAGCGCCGACGGCUAUGCCCGAGGUGAGGGGUUCGCUUCCAUCGUCUUGAAGACCCUGAGCGCUGCUAUCGCCGACGGCGACGACAUCGAGUGCAUCAUUCGAGAAACUGGUGUCAACCAGGAUGGUCGUGGAACGGCCAAGGGUAUUACGGUGCCCAGCGCUGCCGCACAGACUAGACUUAUCCUGGAAACGUACCAACGCGCCGGCCUCAACGCCGCGAAGGAAGAAGAUCGCUGUCAAUUCUUCCAAUGCCACGGAACUGGAACUCCAGCGGGCGAUCCCGUCGAAGCCGAAGCCAUCAGUGAUGCCUUCUUUGGAGAUAAGUCGACCUCCGAGAAGUCCCUCCUUGUUGGCAGCGUGAAAACUGUCAUUGGACAUACCGAAGGUACCGCUGGUCUUGCUGGUCUGUUGACUGCAUCCUUGGGAAUUCAGAACGGCUUCAUCCCUCCCAAUCUUCUCUUCUCCGAACUGAAUCCCGCAAUCGCUCCCUUCUACGGCAAGCUGAAGCUACCCCUGGAGCUUACGAACGUCAACAGCUUCGGAUUUGGUGGCACUAAUGCUCAUGCCAUACUGGAGAGCUACAGUGCCCCGGCCCUUGUCAAUGCUUCCUCGGCCCAGGUUUUCACGCCCGCUUCGAUCAGAGCUUACAGUAACUUCCUCAAGACGAACCCCUCGGUUAAUCUCCUGGACUUGGUGAAGGCAAGCGUCCCCGCUUGUUCCGACAAUGAGGAGCUUAUCGCACAGCUUGAUGCACUCCUCGAACGAGCCAAGGACUCCUCUGUGGGUACUUCUACCUCUCCCAGUAGUCCCCGCAUCCUCGGCGUCUUCACUGGUCAGGGCGCUCAGUAUGCCGGCAUGGGCAAAAGCCUGAUUCUCCAGUCUCCACUUGCUGCAAGGCGCGUAGACGAGCUCCAGAAGGUCCUCGACCAGCUUCCAGCGCCGGAUCGGCCGGACUGGAAAAUCAGAGACGAGCUCCUCGCUGAGGCGGCCUCUUCUCGUCUCGGAGAGGCCGCCCUCUCUCAGCCCCUCUGUACCGUCAUUCAAGUCAUUCUGGUCGAGAUGCUGAGGAGCGCCGGCGUAGAAUUUGCAGCCGUCGUCGGUCACUCGUCCGGUGAAAUCGGUGCUGCCUUUGCAGCGGGCUAUAUCUCCGCCGAGGACGCUCUCAAAAUCGCCUACUACCGCGGCAUCCACACCAAGCUUGCUGGAAGCAAUGGCAAGCGCGGGGCAAUGAUGGCUGACUUCGCCGGCCGCAUCUGCGUCGCCGCGAGCAACUCACCAACCAGCACGACGCUAUCCGGUGAUGCCGAAGCCAUCGAUGAAGCGAAGCUCGUCAUGGAUGACGAGAAGAAGUUCGCUCGAGUCUUGAAGGUCGACAAGGCGUACCACUCGCACCAUAUGCAACCAUGCCGAGAGCCUUACAUUGCCUCUCUCCGUAGCUGCAACAUCACCGUGCAGCCCAACGCCAAGUGCAAGUGGUACUCCAGUGUCUAUGACGGCAACCUCAUCGAGGGUUCUCAGGUCGAUCUCCUGAAGGAUACAUAUUGGGCAGACAACAUGUGCAACGAAGUCUUAUUCAUGCAAGCCGUCCAGGGUGCUCUCCAGGGUAGCGGUCCUUUCACUGCGGGACUUGAGGUCGGACCACACCCCGCACUCAAGGGCCCUGCCCUCGAUACCAUUGUUGACGCUACGGGUGCGGAGGCGAUUCCGUACUCUGGUGUCUUGGAUCGAGGAAAAGAUGCUGUCAAGGCAUCUUCUGACGCCCUCGCCUUCUUGUGGACUCAAUUUGGCCGACCCGCGGUAGACUUCAACGGCUACCAACGCUUGGUUUCGCAAUCGGAUGCGUCGCCGAAGAUCCUCAAGAACCUCCCUGGUUACUCUUGGGACCAUGACCGCGCGUUCUGGUACGAAUCUCGCGCUUCCCGCGUCUUCCGCUCCCGGUCCGAACCUCUGCAUAUCCUCCUCGGAUCUGAAUGCUCGGAGAACGCCGGCGAGUACCGCUGGAAAAACAACAUCCAGCCAAAGGAGAUCCCUUGGCUAUCUGGUCACCAGCUUCAAGGUUCGACGGUCUUCCCCGCUGCCGCUUACGUGUCAACUGCCAUUGAGGCCACGAGAAAGAUAUGCAGGGGUCGCGAGUUGCAGCUCAUUGAGCUAGAGGACAUCAACAUCGGCCGUGCUAUAAGCUUCGAAGAAGGAUCCGGUGCGGAGGUGAUCUUCACUCUUCGCCUCGAUCCUAAUUGCAAGGUCACGGAUGACACCAUCUCGGCUGAAUUUACCUAUCAUUCUGCGUCGAGCAGGGAAGCCGAUAUCCUGUCCCUCAAUGCAAGCGGGAGACUGCUCGUCACCGUUGGCCCUCCUGUUGACGAUAUUCUGCCGUCUCGAGGAUCACCGAUGCCGAAUCUGGUCUCCGUGGAUGAUACCCUCUUCUACAACUCCUUGACCGAACUCGGGUACGAGUACUCUGGCCCAUUCCGAGCGGUCUCUGCCCUUCAGAGAGCCUCCGGAUAUGGCAGCGGCGUGAUUUCAACAUCCGCCGAGGACAACCAGAGCGGACUUCUUGUCCACCCUGCGACGCUGGACUGCGCAUUCCAGUCUUCGUUCUUGGCUCUGUGCUGGCCUGGUGAUGGAACCCUGCGGGAAUUGCACGUACCCGUUAGCAUUCGCCGGAUUCGCGUUGUGCCCAACCACUGCCAUGCAUACGGGCAACAGAACAGUCGCUUGCCGUUUGAGUCGAUCCUUGAGAAAAAGCGUACGACGGCUAUCCAUGGCGACGUCAACGUGUACGCAGAGGACGGACGCACCACCAUUUUACAGAUCGAGGGCAUCAAUGUCGUUCCCUUGACGGCAGGUGCACCACCUGAGGACCGACCCAUCUUCUCCACCUGGACAUGGAACGUAUCUGCGCCAGAUGGUGCUCUAGCCGUCAACGGAGACCGGGCUUCUGAGCGCGACUUGGAGCUGGCCUCCGUCGCAGAGCAAGCCUCGAUCUUCUAUCUCGUCAAUUUGAAGAAGGUCAUUACGCCAGAGGAGCUUGCCAAAUCAGAGUGGCACCACAAGCGUCUAUUCGAAUUCGCCGACAAUGUAAUCAACGGCGUAAGGGACAGCACUCAGCCUUUCUCGGAGAGACACUGGCUCGACAAUACCCGAGAGCAGGUGUACGACAUGAUGGCCAAAUUCCCCGACAGCAUCGAACUCAAGAUGGUGCGGCAGGUCGGAGAGAACCUUCCGGCGGCUGUUCGUGGAGAAACGCAGAUCCUCGAACACAUGAUGGUCGAUGGUCUCUUGAACCGAUUCUACGAACAAGCCAUCGGCGUCGUGGAACAUAGCCACUUCCUCUCGCACAUGGUCGAGCAGAUGGUGCACAAGAACCCACGCUUGAACAUUCUCGAGAUUGGUGCUGGCACUGGCGGUGCGACGAAGCGCAUCUUCAAUCGGAUCGGGCACGCCUUCUCAUCGUACACCUUCACCGAUAUCUCAACCGGCUUUUUCGAAAAGGCCCAGGAGGUGUUCCGUGAGUAUGCUGGCAAGAUGAUCUUCAAAUCGUUGGACUGCGAGCAAGACAUCGAGAAACAGGGCUACGAAGACGGCAAAUACGACCUCAUUGUGGCUUCGCUGGUCAUUCACGCCACCAAGGAUCUGGACUACACGAUGAGCAAUGUCAGGCGUCUGCUCAAGCCUGGCGGCUACCUAGUGAUCCUUGAGCUUACGGAUGAGGGCCCGAUGCGCUUUGGUUUCUUGAUGGGUGGUCUUCCCGGUUGGUGGCUCGGCGGCCCUGAUCGGAAAUACUCGCCUUGCAUGUCGCCUGCUCGCUGGCACACGCUCAUGCAGAAGACUGGAUUCUCCGGCAUCGAUACGAUCACUCCAGAAGUCGACAUCUUCCCCCGCCCCUGCUUCGUCAUCGCGACUCAAGCGGUUGACGAUAAGGUCAACACUCUUCGCGAGCCACUACAGGCUCCAGAGCCAGUAAACCCAAUGAACGAACUCGUCAUCGUUGGCGGAGCAAAGCUCAACAACAUUCGUUUGGUCGACCAGCUCUCCAAUCUUCUCAAGCCAUGGGCCACGCGCAUCACCCGCUUCGCCAAAUACGAGGAUGUGCGCAAUGUGGCAGCAUCUGGAGAGAUCACUCUUCUGAGCGUCGCUGAGCUCGAUGAGCCAAUCUUCAAGGCUAUGACACCUACGAAACUUCGUGGCAUUCAGUCCCUCCUCUCCAAGGCCAAGACCAUACAGUGGGUUACCAAGGGUGGCAAGAAGAGCGAUCCGUUUGCCAACAUGACGGCCGGCUUCUUGCGAUCGCUUCAAUUGGAAAUGCCGCAGCUAUCCCUUCAACUCCUUGAUAUAGAUGAGGACGAACCCGUCCAGGCACGCACUGUCGCCGAGAUCUUCCUCCGCCAUCACGUUGCCGUCUCCUGGAGCCUCGGUGCGGAGAAUCAAGAGAUUCUCUGGUUGAACGAGCCUGAGCUGAGACUGGAAGACGGCCUGCUCCUGGUUCCUCGCUUGAAGCAUCUACAGCCAGCCAACGACCGCUACAAUUCGGCACGGCGCCCAAUCACAAAGGAGGUUUCGGUCGGCGAGGAGAACAUCGUUAUCCAGCGGACCGACUCCGGUAUCGCGCUUGUCGAGCAAGGAAAGGCCGCAGCUGGUGUACCUUCAUCUGCCGUCGCAAUUCGCGUUCAGCUGUCGGUGUCCACUGCCGUGCAGAUUGGCAAUUCUGGGUCGUACUACCUUGUACUUGGAAGGAAUAGUGCGACCGGAGCCACCACGAUUGCUCUGUCGUCUACGCUGAGCUCGUUGGUCGAAGUUCCGAGGAGCGUAGCCCAUCCGAUCACUGUCGCAUCCGGCGAGGAGGCUUCCACCCUACAGCGAAUUUUCAGCGAGUUGAUUGCAAGCCGCAUUGUGUCUUUGGGACUGCCAAGCGGGACGCUCCUCGUUCAUGGGGCGGAUGCAGACAUCGUAGACACUGUGCAAGAACUCGCGACAGAGAGCGGUCUCAACGUUGCAUUCUCGUCUGCUUCGGUCAAACCACUGGAAGCUCCAUGGAUCGCCAUUCACCCGUUCGCGACGGAGAAAGCCAUCAAUGCUGCUCUUCCUAGCGACGUGAGAUCAUUCGUGGAUCUCACUCGUGAUGGAAACUCGCUAUCGCAGCGCAUCAAGGCCAGUCUACCGCUACAAUGCCUGCAAUACACCGCGUCGGCUCUCUAUCUCGAAAGUGCCACCGGCUCGCAGUCGGAGCAAGAAACCGCCAAAUCCGCCGAGGAUCUUGCGAAGGCGAUAGCGCGUGUGGAGGCUAAGACGAAGAAACUGGAGAAUAUAUUCUCUACGGUUUCGCUUGACGGCGUCUCCAACAUUUCUGCAUCGCCAGCCUUGAUCUCCUGGACAGCCGAGAGUUCUACCGUGCCGGUCAAGGUUUCUCCGAUCGAAACCAAGAUCAAGCUGAAGGGUGAUAGGACAUACGUGCUCUUCGGUCUCACCAGUGACCUUGGCCAGUCGCUCUGCCAAUGGAUGGUCGACCACGGUGCGCGCAACCUUGUAAUGACCAGCCGAAAUCCAAAGGUUGAUCAAGCUUGGAUUCAACGCAUUGAAGCGCAAGGGGUGACCGUGGCAAUCCGUGCAAACGACAUCACCAGCCGCAACCAGCUUCAAACACUGAUUCACGAGAUCAACAGCACUCUUCCCCCGAUCGCGGGUAUCGUCCACGGAGCCAUGGUUCUACAAGACGCUCUGGUUCUGGACAUGGCUAUCGACAACGUGCACAACGUCCUCCGACCCAAGGUCGAUGGUGCGAGGUUCCUCAACGAGUUUCUCGCUGACACGCCGCUGGAUUUCUUUAUUAUGACUUCCUCCAUGGCCGCUGUGGGAGGCAACAAGGGACAGUCAAUGUACGGAGCCGCGAACAUGUGUCUCGCCGCCUUGGUCAAUCAGCGCCGAAGCCAGGGCAAGCCAGCAUCAGUCAUUCAUAUGGGCCCCGUCAUGGGUGCUGGUUGGGUGGCUCGAGAGGCCAGCCAGUCCAUUCUCAAGGCUCUCCAGAACGCAGGAUACAGGUGGCUAUCGGAGCGCGACUUCCACCUCGCCAUCGCUGAGGCCAUCGUUGGUGGUGAUCCAAACUCCAACAGCUGCGCCGAGUUCGUGCUGGGAGUGCGCGAGAAGAGCGUCGACACUGGCGAGGCCAAAUGGUACGACGAUCCCAAGUUCCAACACUGUGUCAUUGAGAAGGAAGGAGGAGAAGUGAAGAAUGAGUCCGGUGCCACGGCUUCGAGCAAGGCUCGUCUUGCUACGGCGACCACGAGCGAGCAAGUUCGCGAGAUUAUCGAAGACGCUUUCAUCAACAAGCUCCAAGUUUCUCUGCAGACAACUUUCAACGACGAGGAAAGAGUCGCGGUCGCUGAUCGGGGUGCCGAUGAGUUGGGUAUCGACUCUCUCAUCGCAGUGGAAAUUCGUUCUUGGUUCAUCAGCGAGCUCAAGGUCGACAUGCCGGUAUUGAAGAUUCUGGGCGGCACAGCUGUGAAGGAUCUGCUCGCCUUCGCUGUGGACAAUCUCCCCGCCGAUCUGACCCCGAAUCUCAAUGUCCUAGAUGACGUGCCUGUCGAGACACUGAAGAAGACUUCAACAUCUUCGAGUUCGGCUGUAUCAGAGUCGUCCUUCCCGUCCGGAGUCGCAUCCAGUGACCAACCCGUCCGUUCGGGAGAAGCGACGCCGCUAUCCUCGGCCCUAGAUACGCCAGCGGAGGAAAAGGAAGAGCCAAAAGUGGCUGAGAAGCUGGAGAUAGUCAAGACGGAAAUCAUGUCUCUCGGUCAGUUACGCUUCUGGUCCUUGAUGGCGAUGCUGGACGAUCCGACAACACUCAAUAUCGUCUGCGCCGCACGCUUCACGGGCCCUCUUCGUGUGAACGAUCUUGCUAACGCUGUCAAGAUCGUCGCGCAUAGACAUGAGGCACUGCGAACGUGCUUCUUUGUCGACGAAGAACACCGACCGACCCAGGGUGUACUACCCACUUCUUUCAUCUCUCUUCUCAGAAAAACAAUCUCCUCUGAACAAGACGUUAGCCGGGAAUUCGAAGACCUCAAGAGCCAUGCUUUCGACUUAGAACGCGGGGAAACAAUGAAGGUGCUGUUACUCACGCUUUCUGAGACCCAACAUUUCCUUCUUAUUGGAUACCAUCAUAUCAUUAUGGAUGGUGUCAGCCUCGAAAUUUUCCUAUCCGAUUUGGUCAAGGCGUAUAAUGGACAUCUGCUUUCUUCUUCCAUAAUUCAGCCUACCGAUUUCGCCGCCCGAGAGCGCGACGAGCUUCCCGCCAUAACUUCCUCACCUGAAUUGAAGUUCUGGAAAAAAGAGUUCGCCAAUCUUCCAAAACCGCUACCCCUCUUUCCUUUCGCUCAACAUCCUCGCCUGAACCUGACUCACUACGACUUUGAGUCCGUCGACGAGAAGAUCCCAUCAACCCUGUCCAGCCGGGUUAAGGAGGUUUGCAAGAAGAACAAGAUUACGCCGUUCCACUUCUACCUGGCGGCCUUUAAGACGAUGCUUUUCCAUUUCCUCAACAUCGACGAUUUAUGCAUCGGCAUUUCAGACGCAAAUAGGCUUGACAGCGCGACAAUAGCCAGCAUUGGCGUGUUCCUUAAUUUGCUUCCUCUUCGCUUUCGCCAGGUUCCCAGCCAGACAAUCACUUCAGCGCUGAGGGAAGCAAAGUUGAAGGCUUAUUCGGCCCUAGCGAGCUCCAAAGUUCCAUUUGACCUCUUGCUGAAGGAGCUCGAUCCCCCGCGCUCGGCUACGCACACUCCUCUCUUCCAAUGUUUCAUGAACUACCGCCAGGGUGUGCAAGAGAAGCGCAAGUUUGGUGACUGUGUCGCCGAGAUGACGGAUUUCCAAAUCAGCAGGAGCGGAUACGAUGUAACCCUUGAUAUCAUCGACAACCCUGGCGGUGAAGCAACCAUCACCUUCAUGGUGCAGAAAGGACUUUACACCAUGGAGGAUGCUUUGAAGGUCAUGCGGACCUAUCUGCGAUACGUUCAGGAAUUCGCCGCAGGUUCGGUGAAGACAGUGGACCAGAUACCGUUGCAUAGCGAGGAAGAGAUUAGCAAGGCCAUUGCGCUGGGUCAAGGUCCAAUGCAGGAGCCAAAUUGGCCCCAGACCCUUGUCCAUCGCGUGGACGAUAUGAUCGCGCAGUACCCUUCGAGGCUCUCCCUCAAGGACACCCUUGGUAAUAGCCUUUCGUACCAAAAGAUGGGCGAGAGAAUCCGUCAGAUGGCAGCUGCGCUUCAGGUCCAGGGGAUUGGAGACAAUGACAUUGUAGGAGUCUUCCAGGAGCCUACUGUGGAUUGGGUGUGCUCCCUGCUCGCCAUCAUGCGUGUCGGUGCCACUUAUGUUCCAAUGGAUAUAAAGUCUGGACUGCCACGGUUGGUGGCAAUUGUCCAACAUUGCAAGCCCGCUGCGGUAAUGGUUCAUGGGCGUACCGCCAAGGAUGCUGCAACGCUUGAAAAGGCCGGCACGAGAAUCAUUGAUAUUUCGGACCUGGACGGGACAAAACAAGAAGUCAUUGCGAAGCACGCUCGCCCAGAUGGACCCGCACUCAUUGUGUACACCAGUGGAUCUACGGGCACGCCCAAAGGGAUUGUCCUCACCCAUGCCAAUCUUUGCCGCAAGAUGGAGGACACCAUCAACGUCUUCGGUUUCCGCGCGGAGAACGUGCUCCAGCAAUCACCACUCACGUGGGAUGCGUCGAUUUGGGAAGUCUUCAUGGCCAUCGCGAAUGGUGGCACCCUGAUCAUUGCCGAUCAUUCUCUUCGUGCCGACGCGCUCGGGCUCACGGAGCUAAUUGAGCGGGAGAAUAUCACCUUCACUUUCGCAACCCCGGCAGAGUACAGUGCCUGGUUGACCCACGGCAACCGCGAAGCCCUCAAGGGGAGCAUGUGGAGGAAGGCCAUUUGUGGAGGUGACAAGAUGACAUCCAACGUGGUCGAGCAAUUCGAGCUGUUAAGGAAGCGGAGCCUGACGUUGUUCAACGCAUAUGGGCCAGCCGAAGUGACACUCUUUUCGAAUGCCAUAGCAAUUCCACUUGGAGUCGAUACGACGCACGGCACGUUUCCCGCUGGAUUCACAACACCGAGCAACAUCAUCUACAUUCUUGACGACAACCUGCGGCCACUCCCAUUAGGAUAUACCGGCCAAAUCGCGAUUGGAGGAUUCGGGUUAGCGACGAAAUACCUCCGAGAUGAUGACUUGUCCAGCAAGAAAUUCGUCCCGUGUCCAUUCGCGCCUGCAGCGCAUAUGUCUCAGGGCUGGAGUCGAAUGCAUGUUACCGGCGACAAGGGGCGUCUUCGCGAGGAUGGUGCGCUUUUCAUUGAAGGACGUAUGGACGGCGACACGCAGCUCAAGUUGAGAGGCAUGCGCAUUGACCUUCAAGACAUCGAGUCCACGAUCCUUUCAGAGGCUCGAGGAGCCCUUUCUGAUGCCGUUGUCUCUGUAAGGGACGCACAAAUCCUUGUGGGUCAUGUUGUAUUCUCUCAAGAAUUCCCAGUCGCUGGCCGCGACGAGUUCCUGGACCGACUCUUGACCAGGCUCCCACUCCCGCAGUACAUGUGCCCCUCCAAGCUCUUUGAGCUGGAUGAAUUCCCCUUGACAGCCCACGCCAAAGUCGAUAGACAAGCCAUCAACGCCCUUCCUCUUCCUGUUUCGAACAACACCCGGCGGACCGAAAAUCUCAUGGAAACCGAGCAACGUCUCUUGCAACUCUGGCAAGAAACCAUUUCAGCAGAUAUAACGACUCUGCACGAGAUCGGACCCGACUCGGACUUCUUCCGUGUAGGGGGAAACUCGAUACUCCUCGUCAGUUUGCAAGCCAUAAUCCGCCGAGACUUUGAUACCGUCCUUCCCUUGGCUCAGUUGUUCGAGUGUAGCACCCUGGGUUCCAUGGCAGCGAAAAUUGACUCCAGCAGGCCAGUUGAGGCCAUCAACUGGGAAGCGGAAACCGCACUUGAACCUGGCCUCAUUACCGGUCCCAGAAAGGCGAGCAAGAAGGGUAGUAAAGAGGUUCUUCUGACAGGUGCAACCGGUCACCUUGGUCGGUCCAUCCUCCGUCAACUCGUCAAUGACCCAGCCGUCUCCAGAGUUCACUGCGUUGCCGUUCGUCUAGGAGCUGAUGGCAAAGAGCGUUCCUUGCCUGUUCAGUCUGACAAGAUCAAGGUGUACCCGGGAAAUCUAUCGGAACCCGGCGUCGGCAUCCUAGAAGGUGACCUUCGGAACCUGGCAGAAAAGGUCGACGUCAUCAUCCACAGCGCUGCUCAGAGGAGUUUCUGGGACUACUACCAACUCCUUCGCCAGCCAAAUUUUGGAAGCGUCAAGGAACUGGUCAAAUUCGCCGUCCGGACUAUGAUCCCUAUUCAUUUCAUCUCCUCCGGUGCGGUUCUUGACCUUCCGGCGCAACCCCCGACGGACGGCAGCGAUGGAUACGUCGCUUCUAAAUGGGCCGCUGAGCGCUAUCUCCACCACGCUGCACAUAAACUGGAUCUACCAGUGGUUAUCCAUCGGACCGUGUCAUCAUCGACCACGGGAGCGCCCGUGGAUGACGCUUUGCAGGAGUUUGCAGCCUUCGUCGAGAAGAUGCAAGUUUAUCCUGUCGCGGACGGCUGGAACGGCGAGUUCGAUCUUGUUCCGAUGGAGGAUGUCGCCUCUGGCAUUGCUGCGACUGCUGUCGAGCAUCCCAUGGACCAGCACUUGAGGAUAAAGACUUAUGAGGCCGACAUUAAGCUAUCUGGAGAGCGGGUUGCCGCUUACCUCCAGGAGACGGUAAAUUUGGACGGUAUGAAAGGAAUAUCGGCGCUUGAAUGGGUUGGAAAGGCGAAGAAAGAGGGAUGGAGGUUUCUGUUUGCCAGUCAGAGCAUGACGUUGGAGAGUGGUGAGGUAUCGAGGAGAUAAGACCGAACGGCCGAAAGACAUAAGGGACUUUCUUUUGUUGGCUGGCGUUGGGCCGUCUGCGUGGUAAAAUGUAUAAGGCUUUUCGCUCUGGUUUUCAGAUUGUCAUUGUGCACCGUGGGAAAAUAGACUUGCUAUAGAUAACUGAUUGUAUGAAUUCCUAUCUCUUAAGUGUAGAACGAUCAACCUGUUAUAAGAACGCUGAGAAGUUUUGCUAGGUAGCAAGCGUGGAGCCCGCUCAUGUGUGGAGAAAAGAAG